GCUAUAUGUUCUGUGUGUCCUGAUUUAAUUUUAUUUACAGAAACUUGAUGGUCCGAUGGUCUUGAAGUUAUAUCAUUAAAGCUGGAAGGAUACCAUAUUUUCAAGACUGAUAGGAACUACAGACUAACUAAUCGUACUAGAGGUGGAGGUACCCUUGUAGCUGUUAAACGAGCAUUCAACUGUUUCAAACUUCAGGACGUCUGUGAAUCAGUAGAACAUUUAUUUGUGAGAAUAAUCACUCCGUCAUGUUCUCUGAUUGUUUCCUCUACGUACAUUGCACCUUGGAGCGACCCAAAUGUUUAUCAAGAGCAUGUUGAUACAGUGGAAUCUCUUAUGGAGCAUCUCAAGGCCUCUAUAUUGAGAGAUGGAUUUUCUCAUCUUGGUCUCUCACAAUUUUUUCCGGUCACACGGGCAGACAGUGGAUACACCUUAGAUCUACUCUUCAGUAAUUUUUCUGAGAUUGAAUAUUCUUUGCCGCCAGAUAAUCUAGUCAAGGUAGAUGUUUAUCACCCUCCAGGGUUUCUUGCUGUGAAUAUUUGUGCUGCGAAUAGACAUCACAGAUCACACACUUCCAAGAACUACAAAUAYGCUGAUUAUACUGCAUUGAAAGAUUUUUUAAGUAAGGUUGACURGAGCAUAUUGGCAAACCAAUCCUGCUUAAGUGUUGGAGAUUGUUUAGACUUUCUCUAUUCUAAAAUGGAUUGUACAAUUGACUUAUAUGUGCCGACAAGACGUUUUAGAAACAAUGAUUUCCCACGAUGGUUCAGCAAGGAUUUGAUUGAUCAAGUUAUUUUGAAAAGGCGUGCUUAUCAGCGUUAUAAAGAAUCUACUCAACUUCAAGAUUCUAUUGAAUUUAAAAGACUAAGAGCGUUAUGUGUUAAAGAACGUAACAGAUGUUAUAUGAAUCAUAUUCACUUAGUUGAAAGUUCUUGUUUAAAUAAUAUUAAGUCGUUUUGGUCUUUUGUUAAAGAUCUAAAAUCUAAUGAAGGUUUUCCAUCUAGCAUGUUUCUGGAUGACUGUCGUGUUCAUGAAAAAGUUGAUAUUGUGAAUUUAUUUGCUAAAUACUUUGAGUCAUUUUACUGUGCUAAGGAUCUUCCUGUUCCUGCUUUGCUAGAUCCAGAAAACCUUUGUCUUGAUUUUACGGUAUCUAUUGCUGAUGUUAUGGAGGCUAUUAUGGGAUUAAAUAUUCAUGCURGUCCUGGWMCAGRCGGAAUCCCACCAGAGUUUAUUGUUAAUUGCUCUUCWAUUUUMGCUGAGCCCUUGAAUGAUAUUAAGAUCUACAAAAAGAUUGAGGGACCACGUGACUGUGUUUUGCUUCAAGAGGAUCUGAUCUCUUUCUAUWAUUGGUGCUUUUUAAAUGGUUUGACCUUGAACGUUGAUAAAUGUCACAUUGUCUCUUUCUCUCGGCUGCUGAAUCCUAUGCAAUUUAAUUAUCUACUUAACUCAGUUGUACUUUCUAGACUUGAUCAGUGUAAAGACUUGGGUGUAAUCAUUGACUGCAAACUAUGUUUUCAAGGUCACUUUGAUUACAUCACUACUAGAGCAUACAAAAUGCUUGGCUUUUUUGGUAGGGCUACAGUAGACUUUAAAGACCUGAACACCUUAAUCUAUUUGUAUAAAUCUCUGGUUCUUUCAAUUUUGUGCUACGCAUCGGUUAUAUGGUCGCCGCAUUUUGAUAAAUAUAUUUAUCAGCUUGAAAAGAUUCAACAUAGGUUUUUAAGACUACUUUGUUUGCGCUCUAAGCGACCUUUAGAUCCUUUUGAGCAUAAUUACUUUCAAUCAGCCUUGUCUUUUGGUUUAMCUACUCUAGAAUCUUCUAGGAUCAUAGCUGACAUUUUAUUUGGAUUUGCAGUAUUAUGUGGCGAGAUUGAUUGUAAUUAUCUCAGGGGUAGAAUUGUCGGUAGAGCUUUGCCUUACACUAUUCGAAAUUCCAGACUUUUGAUCGAGCGUACUCAUGGCACCAACUUAGCUUACUUUAGUCCUAUUCCUCGGAUUAUUAGGCUCUUUAAUUCUUUGCCUGAAUCAGUUAAUGAUGUUAACUCUAAGCAUCAGCUGAAAAUGCUUCUGCGUGGAUACUUCAAUAAAUAUUAA